GGUGCCCUGCGCGCCGCCGCCGGCAUGGAGCGGCGCGUGGCGGAGCGGCUCCGCAGCACUCUGGGCCCGCUCGGCCUCGAGGUGCACGCCUUCAAGGUUGGGUGGUACAAUGCUGUUCUCCAGCCAGCCUUCCACCUCCCCUACCCAGAUGACACACUGGCCUUCGUGGUGCUCAGCACGCCUUCUAUGUUCGACAAAGCCCUUAAGCCUUUCGUGAAAAAAGAACGAUUAAAAAUCAUCAGGGAUCCUGUGGAUCAGUGUGUUUCCCAUCACUUAUCACGUGUGAAGGAGAAAUUCCCUGACCAGAGGAUGGAUGUCAUGUUCGAUUAUGAGAUGCUGCCGAGCCGAAAGCCCAAAUUCCUGGCACAGACAGCUGCCCACGUUGCUGGAGCUGCAUAUUACUACCAAAGGAAGGAUGUGAAGCGUGAUCCUUGGGGCAAAAAGAAGAUCUUUGGCGUUUGUAUCCAUCCCAAGUAUGGCGGCUGGUUUGCUAUCCGGGGUCUCCUGCUCUUCCCAGACAUUCAGGUGCCAUUCCUGGAACAGCCUGCCCCUGCUGACUGUGUGAGCACGGAAGAGAAAAGGAUUGAGCUGCUGGAGCAGUUUAAUUUCCACUGGCAGGAUGGCCGCUACAGGGACAUCAUUGAAGUGAAGGAAAGGUACUCGGAAGAGCAAAAAACCUAUUUUGCCACUCCUCCAGCCGAGAGAUUCCGGCUGCUGGGGCUCUCACAGGAAGCGCAGAGAAUCACAUUUCACUGAGAAACCGGCUCUGUGGAGGGCAGCAAAGAGUAACUCAUGAGCACCGGCUGUUCCUAGUGCUGAGGAGGAGAAGGAGGAGGAGGAGGAGGAGGAGGAGGAGGAGAAGGGGGUGGUUAUGCUGAUACAGAGAUGGCAAAUCCAAGCAGCCUCAAUGCAAACAUCAGCUUCCCAGAGAGGGGCACUGCUCUGUGGUCUGGGGAGGGUGGGAGCUGUCUGUUCUGUACUGCUGCUGAUCUGGGGGGUCCUCUGGAGAGUCCAGUAAGGUGCCAAUUAGCCUUUGGUUGGGAAUAGUUUGGACAUCCUGGCAACUUUAAAAUCUGUGCUGCUUAUUAGAGAAAUAACUUUCGUUCUCAAGAAUUUUCUUUCUGAAUAUUCUGGUUUUAUUCUUUGUAAGUGUAAAAAAGAAUUCAGUCAUUUUUAGUUUGAUUUUGUCUAAACUUUGGGCAGGUACUUUUUUAGAUGUAGCCAGUAUUUUAUUAUCCUGUGUCAUGACUCUCCCUAGGGAACAGAUGUCCAGUCUUUAGUCUUGCCUAGGUCACAUUUAAGCAUUUAUCCAUUUAUAGAGCAGCUGACUGGACUAUUUGGAAAGAUGCUGAGUAAUGUCCAUAUGAGUGGAGAUUUUACCCAUGUGAAGCUAACUGACUGAAAAAGACAAUUCUUGUGGCCUUUUUUAAGAUGGACCACAUUUGUGUUAAAAGUAUUUUUCAGCGCCAGCACACAGCACACCCCCCAGAGUUCCUGCCACAGUUUCCUGGUGAGCUUUCUGUGUGGGGAAGGUUGUAAACCUGCACACAUAAAAGCCAUGGCACAAAGCCUUGUCACAUGCACAGGCAAACAAGCAUGGCAGAAAAGAAAAUAUUAAUGACGUUCAUGUUACUUAUAUUGCUGGCUAAAACAUGUUCAGACAGAAACAUAACAUUUUUUGCAUAACUUUAUCCUGUUAUAUUUGUUCAGAGGCUACACUGCACCUGGAAACAAGAAAUUAAUUUAUCUUUGAGCAAUUUUAGGCUCAGAUCUCAUUAAAAUAAUAUAAUACAUUAAAAUAAUAUUUUGUGGGAGUUGUUUUACUAGACUGCUGUGCAAUGCUGCAAAUGGACAGGCACUUUUUUCCUUUUGAUGGUAUCAACACGAUGAAGAAAUACUCACUUGGCAGAACUGAGCCCUUUCUUUUUAUAUUGGGAUUCUUCAAACCUUUUGGAGACUCCACCAUGAAGGUUGCCCUCACCAUUGUUCACUGCUUGAUACAGUUGCUCAUAGUCUGUACACCAACUCAUUGGAAUCCAACUUCAGGAUAUCAAAUUUGCUUCCCACCUGUGAUCACUGAGCUUGUUCACUGCAUUUGCUGUUACAAAAAAGUCUUUGCUGCUUUCCAUGCUUUGUUCAUCUCUGAUUAAGGCAGACACCUGACUUAGAAUGUGAUAGGGGUAUUGUGAUGUUUAAUUUAAGGUAAAGAAUGAAAUUAGUUUAAAAUCUGUUGUUACAGAAUUACUUCUGGAUCAAAUUUGUUUGAUGUUUCAGAACUUUUCAAUUGAUCUGUAAUUUAACAGGGAUUUGAGCUAAUGACUUGCACUAGCAACAAAGACAAAAUGCUGAUUGUUUUAGAAGGAUAAAUAUAGAUUUGAAUCAAAUCUAUCUUUUUAUGUUACAAUUUAAAGUAAAAUAUUUUGAUUUUUUGGUAUUGAUUUCUUGCAAAUAUUUAAUAUUUUGUCUUAAUUUAUUAAACAGAUUACCAUGACCACUGCAUUUCAAUUUCUGUAAUUUCUUUCUCUUCAAAUGGUGUGUUGGUUGCUAAAUAUAUAAAGUUGUAAGUAAACCUCA